AUGCAACCCUAUCACUCCACCCCUUGCAAGCCUUGUCCCCAGGGACCACCAGGCCCACCGGGUCCACCUGGACCGUCAGGAGACGCAGGUGCUCCUGGAAAGCCUGGAAAUGCAGGAACUGAAGCUGCAUCAGGAGCACCCGGCCCCAAAGGACCACCUGGACUGCCCGGUGGAGAUGGUAAACCAGGAGCGAAUGGUGAAGCCGGCACUCCGGCUGAGUCUGUGCCUCUAGUUCCAGGAGAACCCGGACCUGCCGGAUCACCUGGUCCAGCAGGAGAGCCUGGACCAAAUGGACAACCAGGAGAUGCCGGGGCUCCUGGACCUGCUGGUCCCAAAGGGCCUUCUGGAUCACCAGGCAAACCUGGAGCUGAUGGUAACUCUGGAGCGCCUGGUCAAGCUGGUACAGCAGGAUCACAAGGAGAAAAAGGAAUUUGUCCAAAAUAUUGCGCUAUCGAUGGUGGAGUGUUUUUCGAGGACGGAACUCGACGAUAG